AUUUACGCGAACAGAUUUGGGAUAUAUACAUACUUCAUCUUCUUCUUCACCAAACCACUUAGGAUAACUUGAAACAAAAACGGCGUCGGUUUAACCCGACGGAGGAAGGAAACCAUGUCAUCGUCUCUUCUCCUCUCUGGCUCCACAGUAUCUUCUCCCUUCUUCGCUCCAUCAAAGCUUUUUCACUUGCGGAAGCCAAAGCAGUCACUUUUAGGGCUUUUACCAUUUCGUAAUGCUUCGAGAAGCUUCAAACCCCUUAAGUGCGCCGUUGAUUCUCCCUACGGAGGUAACGUUCCCACGUUUCCUAGAACAAGAGUUUGGGACCCAUACAAGCGUCUAGGUAUCAGCCCUUACGCUUCGGAGGAAGAGAUUUGGGCAUCUCGUAACUUUCUUUUGGAGCAGUACGCUGGUCACGAGAGAAGCCAAGAGUCUAUAGAAGGCGCAUUCGAGAAGCUUCUUAUGACUAGUUUUGUGAAGAGGAAGAAGAGUAAGAUUAAUCUCAAGACGAGGUUGAAGAAGAAAGUUGAGGAGUCUCCUCCUUGGCUUAAGGCUCUUCUUGAUUUCGUUGAGAUGCCUACGAUGGAUACUGUUUUCAGAAGGUUGUUUCUUUUUGCGUUUAUGGGUGGUUGGAGUAUCAUGAACUCUGCAGAAGGCGGUCCUGCCUUUCAGGUGGCGGUGUCGUUGGCUGCUUGCGUAUAUUUCCUGAAUGAGAAGACGAAGAGCUUGGGGAGAGCUUGCUUAAUCGGAUUUGGUGCAUUAGCGGCAGGGUGGUUCUGCGCUUCGUUAAUCAUUCCGAUGAUUCCGACGGUUUUGAUUAACCCGGCAUGGGGACUGGAGCUUCUAACGUCACUGGUUGCUUAUGUGUUUCUGUUUCUUUCUUGUACUUUCCUCAAGUAGGUUGCCUUUUGUUCUAGACAUUGUGUUUCUUUCUUGUACCUGGUCUCGCCGGAAAUUGAACUUAAGUUCUACAACAUUUGCUGGCUCUGUUAAAAUAUUGAAUCAAAUUGAUGAGGAUCUUACCUUAAG